UUACAUUAAAAUUCAACAUUGACUACGGAUAAUCUUUUCAUGUGUUUAUUUCAAAAUUUUGUGUCAAUUAGAAAAGUUUAAUUAAUUUGAGUAAAACGAGUAUGAUUGAGAAGGAAAAAGGUGAAAUCAAGGAAUAUGAUAUCUAUAGAGACUCUUUGUUACGCUAUUUAGGCUACUCAAAUGAAUUAGGAGAAAGCUUUAGACCUUUGAUUGACAAAAAGUGGGUACAUGCUAGCUAUGGAUUAGCAAUAGCUUACGUUUUUGCCGACACUUAUGAUAAAUCCAUGAAAACCUUUAAAAGUACAAACGGAAAUGUCACAAAAUCCUUAAUUACUGGCGGAGACGUAGUCAUCUGGCAAAUGCUGGCAUCUGUAGCUAUUCCUGGAUUUACAAUCAACCGUAUUUGUUGGGCAGUCGGUAAAGGAAUUAAAGCUGCCAAAUUCAAGCACAAACUCGGAAAAUGGAUUCCAACGAUCGUUGGGUUAUCAUCAAUUCCGUUCAUCAUACAUCCAAUCGAUCGAACAGUGGAUAAAUUAAUGGACAAUACUUAUCGCAAAUAUUUAAAUAACCUUUGAGAUGUUGAUCUUCCAAUAGUAAGCAAUAACGAACAAUAUGGUGCAAGUAAUUCUGAUAAUAACAGAAACAAAAACUUCUUAACUUUACAUAAAAUUGUAAUGCCUCAAUUACAUUUAUUAGAAUUUAUAUCGCUACGAAUUUAACUCUUCUUUUUGACUAGUUCUUAAGUUAUUGGACGAAAUAAAACGAAGGAUUUAGAUUUUUGAUCAA